AUGGAACGGCUCAGUUCAACCAGCAGUGUCUCUGAGUUCAUCCUCCUGGGACUCUCCUCUCAGCCUCAGGACAAAAACAAACAAACAAACAAACAAAAGCAAAAACAAAAACAAAAAACACUCUUUAUUCUCUUCCUUACCCUUUCUGUCACCACAACAGGAAACCUGCUAAUUAUCCUGGCCAUCUGUUUUGGCGCCCGUCUCCCAACCCCCAUGUAUUUCUUCGCAAGUGUCUUGUUUUUCAAUGACAUUUGCUUCACCACAACCAUUGUCCCCAAGAUGCUGGUGAACUUCCUGUCAGAAAGGAAGACCAUCUCCUAUGCUGGCUGUCUGACACAAAUGUAUUUUAUCUAUGCCUUGGGCAACAGUGACAGCUGCCUUCUGGCUGCCAUGGCCUUUGACCGCUAUGUAGCCAUCUGUGACCCCUUCCACUAUGUCACCACUAUGAGCCACCGCCGCUGUAUCCUGCUGGUGACCUUCUCCUGCUCGCUUCCUCACCUCCACUCUCUCCUGCACACACUUCUACUGAAUCUUCUCACCUUCUGUGACUCCAAUGUUAUCCACCACUUUCUCUGUGACUUCAGUCCCCUGAUGAAGUUGUCCUGCUCCCCCACACUUGUCGAUGAAAUUGUAAUAGUAACAGAAGGAGCCGUUGUUUUGGUGACCCCUUUCCUAUGCAUCGCUACGUCUUAUAUACGAAUCCUUGUCACAGUUCUCAAGAUCCCUUCUGCUUCUGGGAAACACAAGGCCUUCUCCACCUGUGUUUCUCAUCUCACCGUCGUUGCGCUCUUUUAUGGAAGCAUCUUCUAUGUGUAUUUGCAGCCCGUGUCCACUUACACUGUCAAGGACCACAUAGCAACAACAGUCUACACAGUUUUGUCGUCCAUGCUAAAUCCUUUCAUCUACAGCCUGAGAAACAAAGACCUGAAACAGGGCUUGAAGAAGCUCAUGAGCCAGUGGAGAUCCUAG